UUUUGAGUGUAUCAAGGAUAAUCAAGGAAUGGCUAGUGAGGAGAGUUACCCUUAUGAGUCAACGGAUGGAAGUGGAAGAAGUACCUUCCAAUGAUGAAGAGGCAUUAUUAAAGGCGGUAAGCCAGCAGCCUGUCUCUGUUGCCAUUGAAGGCAGUGGGUAUAAUUUCAAGAACUAUGGUGGUGGAGUUUUCACUGGAGAAUGUGGCAAUGACCUGGACCAUGCUGGUACACUAGUCGGGUAUGGGACUACUGAAGAUGGUACCAGGUACUGGCUGGUCAUGAAUCCAUGGGGAGAAAGCUGGGGAGAGAAUGGGUACAUGAAGAUUAAGAGAGAUGCUGGAGUCUCAGGAGGUCUCUGUGGCCUUGCAAUGAAACCGUCCUAUCCGGUUGCUUAAGCAGCAUCAAGGUUUAAAGAAAUUUCUUGAAGUACCCUAUAACACAGUGUAUUCCUGCUACAUUACUAAGCAUACUCUGCAAUGAAAAUGCCAAUUUAUC